AUGCGACUCUUCAGCCUCAUCUGGCUGUCAAUCGUCACAUUGGCGGCCCAAAGCCAGGCUCAGGAGGUCAACAAAACCUUCAACAACCCGAUCCUCCCGGGUUGGAACUCUGAUCCUAGUUGCACCUUUGUCAAGGAAUGGGAUAACACGUUCUUCUGUACUGUCUCCUCUUUUCUGGCUUUCCCGGGUGUUCCAGUCUAUGCCAGCAAGGACUUGGUCAAUUGGAGACUUGCCAGCAAUGCUUUGACGCGACCGGAGCAAGUGCCGGAACUCUACCGGAACUCGGGACAGAAUGAGGGUAUUUGGGCGUCCACAAUCAGGUUCCGAAACGGGACGUUCUUUCUCAUCACAUCGUACGUCUCUUGGUAUGAAGGGUGGGGUCCUAAGAUCUUACUUUUCACAACCACCGACCCAUAUGAUGAUGCCUCGUGGACCGGUCCCCUUCGUAUUGAGAAUCCGGCAAACGAUAUUGACCCAGACAUCUUCUGGGAUAACAACAAAGUAUACAUGUCGGUGGCUGCUGGCAUUUAUAUCAGCGAAGUCGAUCUUUCGACGGGCGCGGCAAAGGAGCCUAUCAAAGUCUGGAACGGUACCGGUGAUCGCAACCCCGAAGGACCACACUUGUAUCGCAGAGACGAUUUCUACUAUCUGUUGAUUGGAGAGGAUGGAACGGAAACCAAUCACUCUGUGACGAUUGCUCGAGCAAAAGAGAUGGCCGGGCCGUACGAAGGAGCUCCGCACAACCCAAUCCUUACAGCCAAGAACACCGACUUGUAUUUUCAGACGGUGGGACAUGCUGACCUCUUCCAAGACGCCUCUGGUAAUUGGUGGGGUGUGGCAUUGGCAACUAGGUCGGGUCCCGCGUGGGAAAUCUAUCCCAUGGGCCGCGAGACUGUUCUCUUUGCCGUCAAGUGGAAAGACGGGGACUGGCCGGUGCUUGACGAAGUGCGUGGCGUAAUGAAGGGACCUUUGCCUUCGACGAACAGAGACAUCCCUAGCAAUGGUCAUUGGGUAGACGAGCCAGACGUUGUCGACUUUGCAUCGGGCUCGGAGGUUCCCAGGCACUUUAUCUUUUGGAGACCGCCAAAGACAGAUCUGUUCAAGGUCUCACCGGAGGGACAUCCCAACACGCUGCAGAUAUCUCCUUCACCCGUCAACCUUUCAGCAACACCAGACUUUAACCCAGAACAAGAUGGUCUCGGUUUCAUCGCCCGCAAGCAGAGUGCCACGCUCUUCAACUACACCAUCGACGUCUCAUUUCAGCCACAAGUUGAAAACGAGGAAGCUGGGAUUUCAGUCUUCUUAACCCAACUCCAGCAUAUAGACCUAGGCAUCGUUAGCUUGCCAGCUUGCUCCAACCAGUCGCUUGUUUCGAAGUUCCGGUUCAAGGUUGAGGCAUCAGGAAAGCCCAACAUUACCGUUCCUGAGACCGUUCUCGUGCCAGUACCCAAAGCCUGGAGGUCGGAGUCGAUAAGGCUCUCGGUAUCUGCGAUCAGCGACUCACAAUAUGUUUUCGGCGCAGCUCCAGCCUCUCGUCCAGAACAGUAUCUCGAGAUUGGAUCAGCGAGCGCGUUGAUCGUUUCUGGAGGCAGUGGCCCAUUCACUGGUAAGCCCCCUUAUGAGUUUUCUGACUUUGACGUUGUCACGAUUGACAUGACAAUCCUGUAG